CGAAAUUUGAAAUGUGGAAACAGUUUGCUCGUUCACAGUUCCCCUCUGUGAGCAAAGAACACUAAAAUAACAAAAUUGAAUCUAUAUAUCCUAACAGACAAGCAGGGACUUUGGCCUUCAUUUGUUUUCCUGGCUGAAGAUGGCAUCGCUUAGUCACAGUGAUUUUGCUUUACUGGCUGAGGAGAAAUUUGACUUCGACGUUUCACUGUCACCAUCAAGCUCAAAAGGAGAUGAUGAUGAUGAUGAUGUUGAAGAUGAGGUCUUCAUAGGUCCGGCUCGUCACAAAGAGAAAUGCAUUUCCCAUGGAGUCGAAAUUUAUAUGAAAGACAGUUUGAGCAGUGGUCCGUCUCUGGGAGAGGAGGCGAGCUGGAGUCCACUUACGGGGGAGAAGUUUGAAGAAAUCUGCAAAGAAGCGAAUCUACUCGCCAGCCAUCUCGAGCAAACCAUCACUGACUCUGUUGUCGAGAGCAGCGCGGUCUCCUCAUCCCAAGCUGAAGACACUGAGACAUUUGAGGAGGAUUCGAUGACCAAACUGAGCAUGUUCAGCAAGCCUGCUCAUGUUCUUAGUCCCAUCAAGCGAGAGACCUUUCUCAUUCAGGACAGUCCCAUGAAACAGCUUCCUCCCGCCAUACAAAAGCGCAUGAUGAAAGCCGGCGGCCCGUCUAGGCUUGGAAAACCGCGUCUUAGUACCUCAAGCCCGGUCAGGUCUGCUGUGACUCAGCCUAAGAUAGCCGGUCGAAGCAAAGCGCUUGUGGCCAGUAGUGGGGUGUUACCCAGCAAACCCGCAACCCAGGGCGGUACACGACUGUCCUCCAGCACAAAACUACCAUCUGUGACUAAAACUAGACUUCAACCUCCAAGCAAAGGUAAUUUUGGGCUAAAACGCAGCCCCAACUAUAGAAACACAAGCAUAGCAGGUUCUUCUGAAGACCUUCUCUCGGAUACCACCAGUGUUGCUUCAGAUAUCAGUGAUUCCUCUCUUAACACUAGCAUUCCAGCCCAUAGCAAGGUAAAUGCAGAGACUGAAUUGCGAGCACCAUCUGCACUUAAAGCACCUUUAAAUCCAAACUCAAGAACUGUGGACAGGAGGAGAAACACCUCAUCAUCAUCUUCAUCUGUAUCCAGCAUCAACUCUAGUCUAACCAUCUCUCCAGGAAGCAAAGCCAAACAAAAUUCAUCUCUAAACUCCAGCAUUAACACCAUCAAUGGCCGUUCACACACCAGCGUGAGCCGAUUGCCGAGUUCUAGUCGCAGAUCCUCUGUUGUUACCCGAAACCCAGAGCCUCCUGUCAGUAGGCGAACCUCCAUCUCCACACAGGGAAGGAGGGGCUCAGAACUCCUCCCCAGACAAGUCAAAGCCACCCCUAUUAAAAAAGCUGACCCAGUGCCGCCUCCUCAGCACCAGACCCCAGCUAAGAAUACUUUGGGACAGAAUACUUCUGCAUCCAAUGUCCAUGCAUCUGCUGCUAAACUGGGAAGUGCUCUUAAGGGAAACCCCAAAGUAAAGGUGGUGCCAACACCUAUAAACUACCUGAAGGGAGUUCACAAAUCAGAGGUUUCCACAUCGCCUGAUGUUCCUCGUAUCAUGAAGCCAAAGAGAUUAUUGUCUGCAUGCAGUGUGGAAAGUCUUACUGAUAAUCUAGUUGGUCCUGUGCCUAUGGGCCUCCUGACACCAUCGGCUGUUGGCAGUAAACUGCGGAGACCCUCUGCUCUUCCCACCCCAGUCAACCGCCGUAUAUCAGGCAUCCCUGCACCUACCCCUAAAAGCGUGUCUCGGCUCAGCAAACCUACCCAAAACACAGUGCUCUUAUCUGCUUUGGACCAAGGCUCCACUCAUCUAAGUUCGACUAAUGGGAAGGAGAUUGAAAAUCAGGAAGUUAAGGAAGCCCCAUUAUCUAGUGAGGAGAUCUGCCCUUCAGCUGAUCUCCAACCUUGUUCUCUGGUGUUCAGUCUGGAGGAUGAGACUGAGGAGCCUCCUACCUGUAAGCCAGCAGUUGUGGAGAAUUCCUCUGAGCCUUCCAUGUGUGAUCCGGACCCUUCCUCCUGUGAUCCUGAGCCUUCCAUGUGUGAUCCGGACCCUUCCUCCUGUGAUCCUGAGCCUUCCAUGUGUGAUCCUGUGCCUUCCUCAUGUAAUCCUGAUCCUUCUAAGAUCAGCUUUAUUCCCACGACACUUCCAAACACCGUGGACACCAAAGUUAACCCCCUGCAGAAGAAGACAGAGAAACAGGAUAUUAAAGAGGUUAUGCUUGUGGAUGUUCCUGCACCAGUACUUCGACCGAAAGAAAAGCUGCUAAUUGAUCUCUCAAAUACCCCAGACCUGCUCAAAUCCUCCCAGCAAAAGCCCUGGGGAGGACAGUUGAUUGACCUGAGCUCGCCUCUUAUCAAGUGGAGUCCAGAAGACAAGAAGGAAAAUACUGAGAAUGAAGCUCUACUGAUUGACUUGUCAUUUUAGAGGACCUGCAGAAUGACUGUGAACUUUGCCUAAAUAAAAAAAUAAAGUGGAUAAUUUCAAAUACUGCUGAAA